UCAUUCGUUCAUGUUAUCACACUGAUUUUGGAAGGAAGGUGCAGUAAGAUUGUAGUAUGUUGAAACUGGUUUCGUUUUUCAAAGGCACGUCAGUGCAGUGCGCGGUCAGCAAGACAAAAUAAGUAAUUAAAACAUGAAUCUAAAGCACAGGCUACAACACUGUAGGUUGAGAAAAGGGUAGUCAUAUAAUGAAAGGAACUACUUGCUCCAGUUCUGUCACCAAUACGUCUGUACAAACAAAUUUACUAUAUACAUGUGUAUAUGUAGUAACUUGAAAAGAUAUACAUCGGUCAGUGUCUAGUGGAACAAGACAGAAAUGUCAGUCAACUAAAGCCCAGAGGAUUCGAUUGGACAUACAUAACAACUAAAAUAUGGCCACAGUCGUGAUCCAGUACGGUUUCAACCAGUGAUUGAACAAGAAACGGAAUAAGAUUCAUUCAGUGCUGUCAUGGCGGUAUCUGACACAGAUUAUUCCACAGUUCUCUUUAAUAAACCCAAUAUCUUUAUUGACAACAAUUAUAAAUUAUCGCUUCCGUUUUUUUAUGAUUCACUUGCGACGCCGUGGUACCGUUAUUGCAGUUACAGCACAAAUCACAUACAAUGAGAAGGGCCUGGUUGGAGGUGUAGUGAUUUUGCCAUGUGAUUACAACCAGACUACAGAUGGUAACAUACUCGCUGUGACCUGGACAGUCACAAUGGAGGACAGUACAGUAAACCUGGGCCUGUACAUCAAGACUGGGGGGACUACAGACAACCAGAUAACACCGCCUGCUGAGUAUGAUGGACGUGUGGAGCUGGUUGAUGAUGUCAAGUUGAAACUGACCGGAGUAACACCUGAAGAUGAAAGACAGUACAAAUGUACGGUGGCGGCUUCACUGCACAUUAAAACGUCCUUUAUCAACCUGCACUUGUUGGUUCCAACUAACACCACCCCAAACAACCCUGUCCCAGUGGGUGUGCGAGGUGAUUGCUUCGGAUCCGCAGCAGUAGCAGGAGCAGCUGUGGGCUGCCUUACUGCCGGGGUGCUGCUAGGGGGCGCUGCAGUCUUCAUGCUUCUUCAUUUCAGAAAAGCACACGUGCACCGCAAAAUGAACCCAACAGAGGGCGACAUGUUGGACGACGGACAGUAUGAAGAUGUAAGGCCGGGCACGGGAACCGGAAAUGAAGUUACCAUGGCAACCUUCCACCAACCAUCCCAACCACCCCAGCCAAGCGCCCAGUACCAGGAGCUGAGGCCUGCAGUUUAUCAGAGUCUGCAGAGGGAUUAGAUUUAAGACUUGCUGUUACGUACUCCAUAAAUCUUCUGAGGUCUUUGCAUUGCAAUUUGUACGCUUUGAUUUUUUCGCUGCCCUGACACAAUCGCAGGCAGCGAAUGUAAGGAGCCCAUGCAGUAAUCAGUUGGUACCCAGGCUAGCGUUAAUUCAGGUAGUAGUGCUGUACAGUUGUUCCCGUCACAUAUCAAACUCUUACUGCUACGAAAAUGAAUCGUUUACGUAUUUGGGUUGAUUUGUGUUGCACAAUAGGCACGGAAUAGAUUAGCCGACAAAUGACAUUGCAUCUAUUGUUGUGUAUUUGUUUAUUGCUUGUCUGGUGUUUGCUAAAUUGCAUAGUAUGCAUACGUAUAAAUUCACACGAUGAAUCAAAAUCAUACAUCAGGCGAGAUCUCGAGCAUGGUGACAGCUAUUGCACAUACAUCAGUAAGAGAACGUCACGGUCACUGAACGACAAUGACACGUGUAAAUAACGUGGUCAGUCAUAUCUGCAAAGUGACCCUAGCUUUCCCUCUAACCUUUUGGCCCGGAGAACGCUAUAAGUACAAGUUCGGAAAUGAGGACCGCUGCGAUUUUGUCCAGUUUACUGGCAUUUUUACAACAAGGUAAGGAUUUGUAACUACGUUACGAUGUGUGUGCCGUGUGUGACUGUCGGAUCUCCCUUCGUAGGUAUAUCAACCAUCAUAUAACACCUAACAUUUCUCCAUACUUAGGGUACUGUGCAUUACGGAAAUGCCACUAUAUCGCAAUCUACUUUCUUAAAAUCAUGACCACAACGUUAACAUAACGGUCACCAUUCAGUUUGACACACGUUUGAUUUGCCAGGGUCCAGAGACAGUUAACCUUCGAAUUCUUCUGAACAUUUAUAUCCCGCGUUCACUACGUACGUACAGUUUGCCUAUAGUGAAACAAACUAGAACCCGGAAAUAAAAAUGAGGUGCGAGCGUUUGCCAGCAGGUCAAAAUGUCAACAAGGGUACCAGCAUGACGCAUGACGCCAGGGCUGAUUGCAACUGUACGUACAUGUACAUAAACGCACUAUAUAUAUAUAGCAUGAAAGUUCAUCUAAGCACUGAAGUUCAUAUAUAAAAGUUAAA